CGUGUCUGGGCUGGACACGCCUGCUUCCGGGGUGGGAGGGUUUAGGUCUGCCAUAGCCCCUUUAAGAAGCUUCGUUCGGCCUCUGGUCCUCUCUUGUCUUCUGAGGUCAAAGGCCUUGGUCAGUUGCAUUCUCUGGGAUUUGAGGCAACAGUCCAUCAUUGUGGUUCCGGUCGCCAUCCACUGUUAGCAUGGCCUUGAGAAGCGUCUCUGCCCGGCUGCUGAACCGCAGACUCGGCCUACGUGUCCUGCGCACGGGGGUUUCCACGGCAGUGCAGUCCGAGAAAGGCGGGAGGACACAGAGCCGACCGGCCAAGUGUAAGGACUCCUGGUUGUGCCGGGCGUCGCAGGCGGGCUGUGACCCAGAAUCUGAGAACUAUUCGGGCGGGGUGGCAGCGUCGUGCGCAGGGUCAGAGGCACUGAGAUACGAGCCGGCCUCGCGACCCCAGUUUGACUGGCAGGACCCACUGGUGCUGGAGGAGCAGCUGACGGUAGAUGAGACUCUCGUCAGGGACACCUUCCGCACCUACUGCCAGGAGCGACUCAUGCCUAGAAUCCUGUUGGCCAAUCGCAAGGAAGUUUUUCAUCGCGAAAUCAUCUUGGAGAUGGGAGAGCUGGGUGUGCUGGGCCCCACCAUCAAAGGGUAUGGCUGUGCUGGGGUCUCAUCUGUGGCCUAUGGGCUCCUGGCCCGAGAGCUGGAGCGGGUGGACAGUGGUUACAGGUCAGCAAUGAGCGUCCAGUCAUCCCUUGUCAUGCAUCCUAUCUACACGUAUGGCAGCGAGGAACAGCGGCAGAAGUACCUUCCUCGGCUGGCCAAGGGGGAGCUUCUGGGCUGCUUCGGGCUCACAGAGCCCAACUGUGGGAGUGACCCCAGCAGUAUGGAGACCAGAGCUCACCACAACCCAUCCAACAAGAGCUACACCCUCAAUGGGACCAAGACCUGGAUCACCAACUCGCCUAUGGCCGACCUGUUUGUAGUAUGGGCUCGGUGUGAAGAUGGCUGCAUCCGGGGCUUCCUGCUAGAGAAGGGGAUGCAGGGUCUCUCAGCCCCCAAGAUUGAGGGCAAGUUCUCUCUGCGUGCCUCAGCCACAGGCAUGAUCAUUAUGGAUGGUGUGGAGGUGGCAGAGGAGAAUGUGCUGCCCAACGCAUCUGGCCUGGGGGGUCCCUUUGGCUGCCUGAACAAUGCCCGGUAUGGUAUUGCAUGGGGUGUGCUUGGAGCUGCUGAGUUCUGUUUGCACACGGCUCGGCAGUAUGCCCUGGACAGGAUCCAGUUUGGGGUCCCACUGGCUAGGAACCAGCUGAUUCAGAAGAAACUGGCUGACAUGCUCACUGAGAUCACACUGGGCCUCCACGCCUGCCUGCAGCUUGGCCGCUUGAAGGAUCAGGACAAGGCUGCUCCAGAAAUGGUUUCUUUGCUGAAGAGGAAUAACUGUGGGAAAGCCCUGGACAUUGCCCGUCAGGCUCGAGACAUGCUGGGGGGGAAUGGAAUUUCUGAUGAAUAUCACGUGAUCCGACAUGCCAUGAACCUGGAGGCUGUGAACACCUAUGAAGGUACACAUGACAUUCAUGCUCUGAUCCUUGGAAGAGCUAUCACAGGAAUUCAAGCAUUCAAGGCUGGCAAGUGAACCUACUUCACCAUGGUGCUCUGAAGCCUCUUCCCAGAGAGACACCAGUUGUUCAGAUGUGCUCCUUAAAAGAAGAUGAAGAUGGAAUUCUGUAGAGUUUCACAGUCCACUUAACCAUGGAUGAGAACAGAUGCUUCUCUUGAGAGAAGAAGAGUGACCCUCAAACCAGCUUCCUCAAGACCACAAUGGUAUCUGACUGAGCAGACUCCCCUCACUUCAAAGUUUCACUGUGUGCCCUCUGACCCUCCCAUCACGGGGUAGUGCCUUAUGGUGAAUGUUGGAACAGAACAGGGGAGAGGAAAAUAAAGCAUCUACAUUUCUGA